UUCUCUCUCGACAAGAUGGCAGCACCGGCAGUACCGGCGAGUGCUCCUCCCGCCACUCCGGCCCCGGCCCCGGCCCCGGCCCCGGUCCCCGCUGCGGCCUCAGCCCCGGCACCGGCCCCAGCCUCAGCCUCGGCUCCGGCGCCCGCAGCGGCUCCGGCGCCGGUACCGGCUGCAGCGCCGGCGCCCGCCUCGUCCUCAGACCCGGCGGCGGCGGCGGCGGCCACUCCCGCGCCCGGGCCAGGCCCCGGCCCGGCUCCGGCCCCCGCGCAGACCCCGGCGCCGUCGCUGCCCGGGCCUGCGCUCCCGGGCCCCUUCCCCGGCGGCCGCGUGGUGCGGCUGCACCCGGUCAUCUUGGCCUCCAUCGUGGACAGCUACGAGCGACGCAACGAGGGCGCCGCCCGGGUCAUCGGGACCCUGCUGGGGACUGUUGACAAGCACUCCGUGGAAGUCACCAACUGCUUCUCGGUGCCGCACAAUGAGUCAGAAGAUGAGGUGGCGGUCGACAUGGAGUUUGCUAAGAACAUGUACGAACUGCACAAGAAGGUCUCUCCCAACGAGCUCAUCCUGGCUGGUGAGUGGUACGCCACGGGCCACGACAUCACAGAGCACUCGGUGCUGAUCCACGAGUACUACAGCCGGGGCCCCAACCCCAUCCACCUCACGGUGGACACGAGCCUCCAGAGCGGCCGCAUGAGCAUCAAGGCCUACGUCAGCACGUUGAUGGGCGUUCCCGGGAGGACCAUGGGCGUGAUGUUCACGCCGCUGACGGUGAAAUACGCCUAUUACGACACCGAGCGCAUCGGAGUCGACCUGAUCAUGAAGACCUGCUUCAGCCCCAACCGGGUCAUCGGCCUCUCCAGUGACCUGCAGCAGGUGGGGGGCGCGUCGGCCCGCAUCCAGGACGCCCUCAGCACGGUGCUGCAGUACGCGGAGGACGUGCUGUCUGGAAAGGUGGCGGCGGACAACACCGUGGGCCGCUUCUUGAUGAGUCUGGUCAACCAGGUGCCCAAAAUAGUGCCCGAGGACUUCGAGACCAUGCUCAACAGCAACAUCAACGACCUGCUGAUGGUGACCUACCUGGCCAACCUCACCCAGUCCCAGAUCGCCCUCAACGAGAAGCUGGUGAACCUGUGACGGCCCCGGGACUCAGAAUGGAGCCGAGGCGAGAUGGAUUCUUUGUGCUUUGAGUCACGCUGAGCGGGUCACCCGCUCGUGACUAAAUAAACCUAGGCUGCCUUUUGUAAGUGA